AUGUACGGCCUUAAACACCUGUCGCUUUUGAGCUUAAUGCUUCUCUCCGCAUCGGCUGCGCAGAGCGAUCCCCAAAAAACACUUGUUGGUAUUGAGACCGCAGAAAAGAGUCACGGUGUUCAUGUACUCUUGAAUGAAUGCGAGGAUCUUGAUGAAGAAGACGUUCUCACAAUUUCGCUGAAAAAGCCUUGCCGUCUCUUCACUGGUCCUCUAUGCACCGGUCACAACUCGUUCCUCGCCGCCGGCACACACACUUCGAAAGAACCGAUCCCUGUCAUCAAUUCGAUCUUCUGCCAGAACUCAUUCUCAUUUUAA